AUGGAACGACCAGAAUCCUGCAAAGACUUUUUCGACGUCAUUCAGGAUCGUAACUCCACAGGAAACCCACUGUCAGAAAAAGAAGUGAGACGAUACUUCUCUCAAAUCUUGGAAGCUAACAUCAGAUGCGAAGAAAAAGGUGUUAUACACCGCGAUAUCAAGCCUGAAAAUAUCUUGCUGGAUUUAACAAAUGAUGAAGUGAAGUUGAUUGACUUUGGCUUGGCAUCUGAGAUACAAGAGGAGCCAUUUGAUAGCUUUAGAGGUACGAAUCAGUACAUGCCCCCUGAAUUCAUGAAAACAAGUAAAUAUGAUGGUUGCGAGGCGACUGUAUGGGCGAUGGGAAUCCUUUUGGUCGAUAUGUUGUCACCAGUUAUUUCUGCAUUUGAAAAACCCCAACAUUGCCUAAGUAUGGAGCCCAGAAUACCUCAACACUUUUCAUCAGAAGUCAAGCACGUCGUUCGUAUGUUGUUGAAUCCCGAAGCAGAUCAGCGACCAACUCUUAAACAAGUUCUGCAGCAUCCUUGGUUCUCAAUGAAAGACUAA